GUGUGUGUGUGUGUGUGUGUGUGUGUGUGUGUGUGUGUGUGUGUGUGUGUGUGUGUGUGUGUUCUCUCUCUCUCUCCUCUGGUUCUUUGGUGUGGCUAAUGGGCUAACUGCCACUUACUCGUUCAAAACACCGGCAAGUUAGCCCAGUUUUUCAUUUCUCACAAAACGACAGCUGUUUGCGGUUUGUUGCAAGGAUACACCAGAAUACUGACACGGUGGUACUUUGAUUUUCAUGUGAAGCAGGAAAGGUGUUCUAGAGGGCUCCACAUCAACAAUGAACACAUCCAUGUCUAGCCUGAUCAUGGAGAGAGGGAGGCAAAAACUGCAAAAUAUCCUGGAGGAUGGCUUAGGCAGAGACUUGAUGAACGCUGGCCGGUUUUGCUUCAGCUGUGAGCAGAUAUUUGCUAAUAGGAAAUGCCUGGAGGAACACAUGUGUUCUGCUGCAAGUUACAUCUGCUCCUGUGGAACUGAGUUUACUGAAUACAAAGACAUGCUGGAGCACAGCACUACACAUGAACCAGGACAUCAAGUGCUUGAUCAUGAAACAAUAAGAAAGCGCAGAAUUGAGAAGCGCAUAGAAGAGGAGGAGCAGUUGAAAAGACUACAGACAGGUGAGGUUGUCUGGAAGACACCGAAAUUGGACAAUGUGCCAUCAAUUUCUUUGCCAGUGAACCCCAUGCAGUCUGCGCAGAUUUCACAAGUGCCUGAGUUGUACCCCUCUGUGUCACAAGCAUCUUUGCUCCCAAACGCUAUAUCCUCUACAACAGACAUGAAGAAUAUUUUUGCAGGUGUAGGUGCACCAACAGUAGAUCUUUGGACACUUUACCAGCCAGUCGUGUUGUUGCAAACGGUGCGCACAUUUAACAAGAAAAAGCCAUACACUUGCGGUAAAUGUGGGCAGUGUUUCCUGACAAGGACCUCUCUCAUCUCCCAUCACAGCUCUCAUGUCACAGAUAAAGUUUCUGGCUGUAUAGGGUGUGGGCUGCUGCUCUCCAGCAAAAAGGUAGUGCCUCGCUUCCAUGUUUGUAACUCACCCAACACUGCUACCAAAUUCAGACUCAUCACUGCAAGACCGCUGGGUAACAACAGGCUUAAUGAAGCCGGUACAGUCAGGAGUCAGAAUCUGAGUGCUUGGGGGCCUCAGGCCACGUCCUCACUACAGUUGAAAAGCCAGAAUACCAGUGCAGCCAGUAAAGGCGGUCAGGCGCCUCACAUCACUUCCACCCUCCAGUUGAAAAAUGAGAAUAUGAAAACGUAUAAUAAAAGCAAUCGGGGGCUUCAUGUCACUCCAUCCCUGCAGUUGAAGAGUCUGAAUCUCAGUGCAUCCAAGCCUUAUGUCACUGUCGCCCUUCCGUCAAAGAGCCAGAGCCCAAAUCCCAGUGCAUCUGAUAAAAGCAGUCAGGGGCUUCCUGUCACUCCCUCCAGGCAGAUGAAGAUGCCUGCAAACUCUGCAUCAGGUGUACCAAGCAAACCAACACAGACAUCCUCUGUACCAAAUGGGUUUACAUGUCGCGUCUGUCAUAUUCCUUUUGAAACUGCUCAGCUGCUUCAGAGGCACAAGUGUGUCAAAGCACAGGAGUUUAUGGCCCAGCACGUGCGAGGUGGUAAACGGCAUUACAAGCUAAAGAGGGUGACGCCAGUGGCAAACCCAAGUCCUGCUCAGAUGAAUGGUGAGCGAAAACUUGUGGUUCCAGCUUCUGGUAACAUAAAGAAAAACCAAGUCAUGCCUGUUGGUCUGGACAAAGGGCAAGGGGCGGCUCCUGUGAAUGGGAAAACAGGUGUGGAUAUGGAUGAGGAUUGUUACAUCGUUGAAAGGGGACAAGACAAACCUGCUGAGAUGAUUUACCAAGUUACCUCAUCUGUCCCUAUUAAGACUUGACAAAACUAGAGGCACAUUUAGUUUGCAUGUCACAUUUUAUGUUAAUUAUGGACCAAGCGCAUUGAGAUUACAGUCUCCUGGUUGAACACCAUCUAUUUGUUUAGCUUAAUUGCACAGGAACACAAUGCUUCCUGGCUUUCUCCAAACUACAUUAAAAGAUGAAUAAGUGUGGGAUGACAGCAAACAUGUAUCUUAAUUAAGCUGGACUUGUAUGGUCAGUACAGUCCAAUGUUGACUUACCAAGAGUCUAACAUUGGUGCCCCUGCAAUGGUUAUAGAAUAAGUAAAUCAAUAAAGUUUAUUAUCAAAAUGUAUGUGCAUGGUUUACCCAUGUUUGGUGGGAUAACCAGGUACUGUAUUAUAGUUAUUUUGUUUUUUAAAAAAUAUGUUUUUAGUAUGAUCAGAAUGUGUUGUGAUGCCGUGGGAAUUGACCACAAUACCUUGUGUGUUCUUACCAGCUUUGUCAGACUUAAGAAUACAGUAUGUAUGUGUUGUAUUAAACUAUAUUUUCAAACUCA